AUGGCCACACCACCACCGGCUUAUACGAACUCGAAUUCGUAUUCAAAUCAUGGAUUUGAUCGAACCAAUUCACUUUCCUCUCGUCAUAGUAUAUCACAUCAACCAAAUCGACAAAGCUCAACCGAUAGGGGCUUGGGUGGUUUGAUGGUUGGAUUAGGAGCAGCUGCUAUGCUCAAUAACGCCAUGAAUAAUCAAUCAGCUCAAACUAAUCAAUAUCAAGGAAAUGGAAAUGGUAGAGAGGAUCCAUUGACCACUUUAGGUAGAUUUGAUACUAUCCUUUUGAUCGAUGAUAGUGCUUCUAUGGCUAUGGGUGAUUUAUGGAAAGAAGCUGCUGGUGCUGUUAGUGGACUUGCUGAGACUUUGGUGAAGUAUGAUUCAGAUGGGAUUGAAGUUUAUUUCAUGAGUUCUUCUGAAUACCUACUCAACGCUCGUUCUGCUCAAUCUAUUAAUGAAUUGUUUCAACGAGUAAGACCAGUUGGUACGAGUACUCCAACAGAUGUUAGGGUAGAAGAACUUUUAGGUCUCUAUAUGAAUAGAUUAGAGGCUAACAAAGCACAAAAUAUGCCACCUCUUAAACCUGUGAAUCUAAUUGUCAUCACCGAUGGUGAAGCAGAUGAUCCGGAUACAUUGGCUUAUGCUCUUGCGGGAUUUGCUGAAAGACUCGAUAUGGGAAGAUUUCCUCUUACUCAAGUAGGAGUUCAAUUCAUUCAGAUCGGGAAAGAUCGCGCUGCUACUAAGGCAUUGAAAGAGUUGGAUGAUGAGUUGAAGAAUACUUAUGGGGUUAAGAGAGAUAUUGUCGAUACAACACCAUAUAAAGGUCGUUUGACAGCUGAUUUCAUCAUGAAAGCUGUCCUUGGUGGAAUCAACAAAAGGAUCGAUAGAGGAUGA